UUGAUGUCAUCACUUCAAUCUUUCAUUUAUUGAUUAAAGUCUUUCAGUAAACGAUCGAAUUAAAAAUGAUUUGGGAGAUUUGCUCAGUCAUUAUUUCUUUGAUACUAUGUUGCUCCUGCAACGAAAAGUCAAAAUUAGAUGAUAUCGUGGAGCAAGUUCAAUCAGAGUUAAAGGGAAUUAAAUUAAAACACGAUGUUGACCCAACUGUUUUUGCGUGCCUAUACAAUCAAAGCAUGACUGGAUUUGAUGUGGUGAAAAGUGACAAUAAAGCAGAAAUGUUGCUAUUAAGUGAAAAGCUGAACAACGGAAGGAAUUUAUCACUGUUCUUCUUAGGCACUGGCAACACUAUAUGCAGAGACGAUCAUAGAUUUAAGGAUUCUAAAGAAUGGUAUAUCAAAUCUGGUACAAACAUAUGUUAUAUUGCAUACGCCUUCGACAAGUAUCACGCUUCAAUUUACAAUUUGUAUUUUUACGUGAAAAGAAUUAUGGAAACCAAUCGAGUUGAGUAUGUAGCACAGGAAGCUCUUGAAUUGGUGAUGAAUGUUCGAAAAAAAUGUUUGGAGACUAAAAUUCCCGGAUGUGUUCAACACAUGUCACAGGUGACUGUGUUGGGCUACUCGCUCGGAGCACAUAUCGGAGCAUAUACUUGUCGAUACCUAAUCGAUGCAACUGGCGAGAAGGUUAAAAAAUUGAUAGGUCUGGACGCUGCGGCCAUUUCACAUUGGGUAAGCACCGUAAAUUACAUUCAAAGCGGCGACGCUGAUUAUGUUCAGGUCGUUCAUACAUCUUAUCUAGGCACUCAAAUGGCCAAAGGUGAUAGCGACAUUUACAUAAAAACAGAUAAUUGGAACAGUCAUAAUAAUCAUCGAUUGGCAGUCGAUAUGAACGCACUUAUAUCCGCAAAGAAACUGAUUUUAAUCGGUUCGAAAAAUGGAAAGGGCAGAGUUAUCAAUUUACAAGAAAGCUUACAUGUUAAUCCAGAACUUUUACAGAUUGCCGAUCACGAAUGUGUGGUUGGUGUAUAUAAUCAAGACAGUCACAAGAAUGGAAAUGAGCCCGGACAAGUGUAUAUGCUCUCAUUGCCAAAUAAAUCAAUGAAGUUCUACUAAUAAAUCAAAUCUUUAAAAAAUCUUUAAUGUA